AUGCGCCACAGAAGGUCAUCUGCCGGCCUCGUGUUCCUGGCGCUGGUCAAGACGCCGGACGACAUGACCAACCGGCCUCGGAUCGCCGAGCUGCGUGCGCUGGCUGGCCUGCACGUGCUCUCGCUGAAGAAGGUCAACCGGCUGGAGAAGGUGCGGCUGAAGGCGGCGCGCGAGAGCACACACGCGGCCAAGCAGCGCGUCGAUGCCUUCCACCUGACGCUGCAGAACCUGCUGUACGAGAUCGUGCACGUCAAGCGUGAGAUCAACCGCUGCCUCGAGUUCAGGUCGCAGGACGAGGACAUCACUCUGGUGUCGGAGGAGGAGUUCUACCGGCAGGCGCCCGAGACCAUCAGCCAGCUGGCGGUGACCCGCGACGACGCGCACAGGCGCCACCUGGCACGGCUGGACUGGGAGCUGGAGCAGAGGCGCGGCCUGGCCGCCGACUGCCGCCAGCUGGACGGCGACAAGAAGCGCAUCAGCCAGCGCAUCGGCGAACAGCGCCGCCGGCUGGCCGACCUGGCGCCCCAGCUGGCCACCAUACUCGAGGUACGCCGCUCCCAGCGCUGGCCGACAGCACGCGGGCCGCUGCAACAGGAGCUGGCGCUACCGCUGGACCGACGCCGCCAGCAGCACCGCCUGGCCGCCCUCCUGCCGCGGCCGCUCUACCUGCUCUACGUCCAGGUGGCCGCGUACGGCGAGGCUUGCGAUGCGGCUGUGAGCGCCACGAUAUGUGGCAACGAGGAGGAGGCGUGCUCGCUGAAGCAGGCCGACCAGAGGGACGCGGUGGAUGAGUCGGACUCUGACCAGGAGGCUGAGGAGGAGGUGCGCCACAAAAAACGUCAUCGCAAGACGGGCCGCGAGGAGGAGGAGCAGCGCCGCCGGAGGCUGCUGCACAAACACCCGCUGCUGGUGGUGGUCGAAAUCGUCUGUGAAGACCUGGGACGACUUGUGCUGGAGUUCGUCCAUCUGACCCAGCUGGACAUCGUCACCGUCUCGGUCGCCAUUAAGGACUGCCCUGUGAGCGGGCCGCUGCUCUCUGCCGAGACGCUGCUGGACCACCUGGAGCCGGGCGACAGCGGCACCGACGCGCCGGGCGCCGCCACCGCCCACCAGCUGCGGCGCGCCUGCCUGGCGCCGCUGCGCCAGUACGUGGCCGCUGGACAGGUGGGCCGGCCCUACCUCUGGGCUCAGCGCCUGGCCGGCCUCGAGUUCGCCUCGGACGGCAGCGAACAGGGCGCGCCGGUGGCCAGCGAGGCGGUCAGCGCGCUGCACGUGGAGUCUGCCGUGCGCCGGGUCCGCGCCCGACUGCGAGCGCGCGUCGCUCUCCAGAGCCAGCUGGCCGCCAUAGCGUCCGGCGAGCUGCCGCUGUCGGAGCAGCUGCGGGCCAGCUUCCCGGCGCGCCGCGACUCCCGGCUGGUCUCGUGGCAGCCCGUCAGCGUCGAGACGUACCGCGCCUCGGGCGUGCUCAGCGCCGACCUGCUGGACGACAGCUGCAGCUGCUUUUUGGCGCGCAUCGCCCACGGGAACGAGGCGCAGCUGUGCUGUUACGUGGCGCUGAGCCCUCAGCACCCGCGGGUGCCGCCUGUGGUCGGGCUGCUGCUCACCGGGCGGGACCGGCCGCAGACGGCCCGCCAGCCCUCACUGCGGGUGCUGGAGCACGAGCUGAACGUGGCGCUGCCGGCGCGGCUGGGCGCGGCCGGCCGGCCGGCGCUGCUGCCGGCGCUGCUGGCGGCCGCCUGUUCGGGCCUCGACGUUCUGCGCGAGGCGGACGACGCCGCUCCGCCGGCGCCGCAACGACUGAUGCUGCGUCAGCACCGGGGUCGCGACCGCGUGCCGCCGUUCCGGUACGACCCAGCCCUGCGCCUGUUCACGCAUUGAGGCGGAGGAGCGGCCGCACCGGAGCGCCAAGACGGCCCGACGGCGUCCGCUUUG